ACUCCUUCGCCAGCCGCGGCGGCUCUCGGCGCUGGCGCAGCGAUGGCGGAGGCCGUGGAGCGCACUGACGAGCUAGUCCGGGAGUACCUGCUGUUCCGCGGCUUCACGCACACGCUGCGGCAGCUGGACGCCGAGAUCAAGGCGGACAAGGAGAAAGGGUUCCGGGUGGACAAGAUUGUGGACCAGCUGCAACAAUUAAUGCAGGUGUAUGACUUGGCUGCCCUUCGGGAUUACUGGAGCUACCUGGAACGUAGGCUCUUCAGCCGCUUGGAGGAUAUAUAUAGACCCACCAUCAACAAGCUGAAAACCAGCCUGUUCCGCUUUUAUCUCGUCUACACGAUCCAGACAAACAGAAAUGACAAAGCUCAAGAGUUCUUUGCAAAGCAGGCCACAGAGCUCCAGAACCAGGCUGAGUGGAAGGAUUGGUUUGUCCUGCCCUUCCUGCCGUCCCCAGACACCAACCCCACCUUUGCUACGUACUUCUCUCGACAGUGGGCCGAUACCUUCAUUGUGUCCCUGCACAACUUCCUGAGCGUACUGUUUCAGUGCAUGCCUGUACCUGUGAUUCUGAACUUUGAUGCGGAAUGCCAGAGGACCAACCAGGUUCAAGAAGAAAAUGAAGUUCUUCGCCAGAAGCUUUUUGCCUUGCAAGCCGAAAUCCACCGCCUGAAGAAAGAGGAGCUGCAGCCAGAGGAGGAAGAGGCCUUGGUCCAGCACAAAUUGCCUCCUUAUGUCUCCAACAUGGACCGCCUGGGGGACUCAGAACUAGCCAUGGUGUGCAGCCAGAGGAGCACUUCCCUCUCCCAGUCGCCUCGAGUGGGUUUCCUGUCCUCGUUGCUGCCUCAGAGUAAGAAGAGCCCCUCGAGGUUGUCACCUGCCCAGGGUCCCUCGCAGGCUCCGAGCUCGGCCAAGAAAGAGCCCUUCAGCAGUCAGACCGCGAAGGGAAGGGACCCGGCGUGCGGGCCCAAGGACGGGAAGAGCCUCUUCGGCGGGCUGGCCUCUGGGGAGUCCAGCUGGUCCCAGCACCGGCAGCGGCGCCUGCAGGAUCACGGCAAAGAAAGGAAGGAGCUUCUGUCUAUGACUUUGCAGAGUGCAGAGAAGAAGCCUGAAACUAGUGGCCCGGAGGCCGAGUCCUGCCCAGAGCUCCACGUGGAGGCACUGGAGACAUUGACGCGGGCUUCCGCAGCAAGCGCCGAGGGAGGAGGGGUCCGUCCUGAGCAGCCGUUCAUUGUGCUGGGGCAGGAGGAGUACGGGGAGCACCACUCCUCCAUCAUGCACUGCAGAGUGGACUGCUCGGGGAGGAGGGUCGCCAGCUUAGACGUGGACGGGGUCAUCAAAGUAUGGUCCUUCAAUCCCAUCAUGCAGACCAAAGCGUCCUCCAUUUCCAAGUCGCCGCUGCUCUCUCUGGAGUGGGCCACCAAGCGGGACAGGCUGCUCCUGCUGGGCAGUGGUGUGGGGACAGUGCGUCUUUAUGACACAGAAGCCAAGAAGAAUCUCUGUGAGAUCAGCAUCAAUGACGACAUGCCCAGAAUCCUGUCUCUCGCGUGUAGCCCCAACGGGGCCUCUUUCGUCUGUUCGGCCGCGGCUCCGAGCCUCGCUUCCCAGGUGGACUUCUCGGCUCCAGAUACCGGCCGCAAGGGUACUGACCAGGUUCCCGGCAAGCUGCUGCUGUGGGACACGAAAACCAUGAAGCAGCAGCUCCAGUUCUCCCUGGACCCCGAGCCCAUUGCCAUCAACUGCACGGCCUUCAAUCACAAUGGGAACCUGCUGGUCACAGGGGCGGCUGAUGGCGUCAUCCGCCUGUUUGAUAUGCAGCAGCACGAGUGCGCCAUGAGCUGGAAGGCCCACUGCGGGGAGGUCUAUUCUGUGGAGUUCAGUUACGACGAGAACACCGUGUACAGUAUCGGCGAGGACGGGAAGUUCAUCCAGUGGAACAUCCACAAGAGUGGCCUGAAGGUGUCUGAGUACACCCUCCCCGCCGACGCCACGGGCCCCUUUGUGCUGUCAGGUUACAGCGGCUACAAGCAGGUUCAAGUUCCCCGGGGCCGACUCUUCGCUUUUGACUCGGAGGGAAAUUACAUGCUGACGUGUUCUGCCACGGGCGGAGUCAUCUACAAGCUGGGUGGGGAUGAGAAGGUUCUGGAGAGCUGCUUGAGCCUGGGCGGCCACCGAGCCCCCGUGGUCACUGUGGACUGGAGCACCGCCAUGGACUGUGGGACGUGCCUCACUGCCUCCAUGGACGGCAAGAUCAAGCUGACCACCCUCCUGGCGCAUAAACUCUGAUGGGGCCCAACCCGAGGGAUGCCCACGGAAGCAGUAUUAUUCUGGGGGGUGUGGGGAGAUGGGACGGGAAGACAGGGCAGUCUGCUUCCACUCUUGCCAGUGCGGGGAGUCUUCAGGGGGAGACUGGACGGGAGCCGCACGGAGCCGUGGCACGAGUGCCCCGGAGACCCACAGGCUGGGCUGUGCCGCAGGCCUGCUCCGGGGGCAGGAGGAGAGCUCGCGAAGCAGGAGACGCAUCGUGAUGGCUGCUCUGUUGGCCCAGGAGGGAUUGACAGUAUUUUGUAUAUAUUUGCUCGUUUUUCAUCAUUUUUUUAAAAAAAGAAUGCUCUCGCGGUCACCUGGUAUCUCUUUCUGGAACGUGUGUGUGCAGCAGAGCGUGUCCCUUCACCCCUUGUCCUUGAAGAGGCACAUGUUCCCGCAGGGAGCCGGUCAGCCGCAAGCCUCCCCUGGGCGCCCACUGCUGCAGGGCUGAGCCUUGGGGGAGGUUUGCUCCGCCUUCGGGGUAGGACGGCCUCUCCCGCACCCCGCUGGCCAGCUGUGGCAUGUGCUGUUCUGUUUCUUUGAGCUCCAGUCAGGUCACAGCGUUCCUUUUCUUCCCUGCAUUGGUGGAGCUUCUCGGGAUGAGGUUAGGGUCCCAGGCUUACUGCUCCCGGCUGCCUUCUGCACUCGGGUCCCUCUGCCACUGGGGCUCCUGUCGUUCUGUCAACUUCACAUCCUUGAGGUUGACCAGAGCCCGGUGCCAGCGCCCUCUGCUGGUGAACGGCGAGAGCACCGGAGCGGGUCUCCCUAGCUUGCUUUUCCAUCUGACGUGGGCCAGGCGUGGGCCUGUUACCUACUUAUGGAAAAUCGGGAAGAAGUUGGUGCUGACGCCUUGGCACCCUUCUGCUGGGAUGUGGAGGAAAGUAGGUAUUUAUGUGGCUCCAUUAUGAGAGAACACCAGAGACUAAGAAGCAGUGACUUACACAUUUUUACCUAUUUCUACCUUGGUGACCCUCUACUCAAACGAAGAAAACCAAGACUCUCCAUUUACAGUUUCCCCAUCUUCUGCACUGAAACAGCAAAUUGUUCACGUCCCCCAGCGAUGCUGUAGGACGUUUAAGAAGCGGUCAUGUGUUUCGUUCGAGUGAUAACGUGGCCUGUUGAACUUCAAAGUUUUGUCUCGCUUUCUAUCUUGUACCCAUUCUCUCUCGUCAGUACUGUCUCCACUGCUACCGAAACGUCUUCAAGGAUUGCAAAGAAACACUUGAAAAGCUG